AUGUGGAAACAAUGCCAUCGCGCUUGCUUGCGCCACAAGUGGCAGAACCCAAUGCCAAAACUGCUGCAAUGCAAUAUCAAGAAGUUGGAGUGGGGUGUGAACGUCUUCGAAUUUCCACAGCUAUUUCAAGACGCCUUUACAUUGGCUAAGGCAUUGCAGAUACCAUACGUCUGGAUUGAUGCUCUGUGCAUUAUACAAGAUGACGAGGCUGAUAAGGCAUCUGAGAUAUCCAGGAUGGACCACAUUUAUCAGAAUGCCGUCCUCAAUGUUGGUGCCACUGGAGCCGCUGAUGCUGCACGACCACCGGCAGACAGCGACUGGAUGCCGGACAGUGCGACCAAGGGCAAAUGCGAAUCAGAGAUGCACGAAGAAAGCAAUGUCGAUUGCAGCACCGAUGUUACAAAUGAUUGGCGUUUAAGAGAUCAAGACAGGACGAGUGCAGAGAGAGAUGACUGGUUCGCUUUACAACGUUCGCCUGCGAGCCCAAGUCUUGACUUGCCGGGAUUCGGUAGUGGACAGAAACAACCACAAGGACUGAGUUCAGGCUUAUUCGCAACCCGAGACCCCCUGGUCUAUUCACCACUCGCUGUAACAAUCAAGCGAAAAGGCAGAGAGUACAGCGGUAUCCUCUAUGAUGGAUAUCAUGCGGACGACUUCCAGGGUAGUGCUCUCUUCAAGCGUGGGUGGGUGCUACAGGAACGACUUCUCAGUCCCAGAACAGACGAGUACUGUGCCGGGCUAUGGAGGAACGACUUCAUCGCAGGUUUAUGCUGGUUCCGCGACGACCAAGAGCUUAACCAAUACUCUCCGUUCCCCAACGGCUAUCGAGCGCAGAAUCUGGGUAUACGUGUAUUGGGCGAAUUGAGGAAAUCGACGUUACACCCUCUGGUCCCAAUCUUCUUGGCUGCAUCUCAUCCGCUCGUGUUCACAUCUCCGGCCACCUUCGCAAAGGCCUUCGACAAGUAUCAGAACGUAACAUAA